AUGCAUCGCUCAGCGGUGUCGAUCACGCUUUCCAAAGGAGAUCACUGGAUGGCAUGGCUAGCCAAGAUUCGACCCUCGUACCGCAUCCCAGAACCUGACGCCAUCGCCGGGCGACUACUCAGCAACGAGUACAUGGUCAGUCAAAAGGAGGCGAUCCGGGUGAUCGUCAUGUUCAAAUUCAUUUGCGUGACGCUCGAUGGACCGACGAACAACGCGGGAGGGCAGGUCCUUCACAUGAUGGCGUGA